AUGAUGACCGUUUAUCCGCCGCCGCUGCCGUUGUCAACGCAUCACGAGAUAGCCAGUCUGCAGGAUGGAGUCCCUGGAGGAAUGACGUUUCAUCCCCCUUGGGUAACAAACCUUCAGCUAGAGAAAAUGAACUGGGCCGGUGGAUUCGUUUUUCUGGUCCUGGUGUUCUUUGUCACCUCGCAAACUGCCGGGGCCUCACAGCUUAACGCAGACGGAAACUACACGGAAACCGGUAACACGACAGACGAAGGAUCUGUCCCCGCUGUGUUCACAAGCGUGAGCCAGAUAAUUGCCCGAGAGGGGAGCUGUACACUGAUUGAUUGCAAUGUCACUGGAGACCCAUUCCCCAGCGUUCAGUGGUUCAACUCCCACGGUCACCGGGUGGACACGAGCGCGUCCCCGCCGCCGUCGUCUCUUCACCACAAUGAGCAGCCCGAGGACACCGAGGAGGUCGCUGCCGCCGACGAACCGGUGGCAAGCAAGACCCCCACAUGCCAGGUGUUCUACGAGAGCCACGUGUGACGAACUGUGGCGAGCUCUGGAGAGACGAUACGUUACCCUGCUAUGCAUUUCCACUUGAAAAAGGUCCAUAAACAUUCGUAAGUUCACAUUUUGAAGAGAAACAAUCAGUUGUAUUUAUCGUUUGUGAACAAUCUCUCUAAACCUCUGCAGGCUCAUCUACUGAAAAUCAAUCAAAAGGAGACUCUGGGUGCUUGAAUGUAUCCGGGCGGAGGAAUAUCAGUGUAAAUGUAAAAGCAAAGCAUUGUAAACGGGCAUUUCCUGUGUUCUUAUUUAAAGAGUUGUGGGGAUUUUUCAGUUGGUAGUUUCUUACAGUGCUAGGGGUUUUUAACAACAUACUUCAGAAAUCUGCCUCGAGCUUCCUAGAUCCACUCCAGAAUUCACAUCCAGCUACUGUCACAGCCUACAGAUGCAUGCCGGACUCGAGGAGCAAUAGCCGACAGUCUGACUGCUUACUCAUGAUUGUACAGCUCUCUGCAUCUCUAACAACAUGGAAGUAAGCGAGGAGAGAGAGCACACACACACACACACUGGGUGGAGCUUAGAUAUGUUUCCUUUGAAAUACUUAGAGUAUUUUUAUUAUUACUGCCCAUUUUGUGCUGUGAUUUUUGUUUCUUAGUCAUUUUUAUCUUCUUACUAAGACUAGUGUCUUGUUUUCGCUUGAGUAGAGAAGAGCAGCUUUGCUUCCUUUGUGAUUUUAUUUUAAUUUGACUCCUGACCCGAUUUCUGCGUCUUCGUCUUGCUUCUGCAGAAGCUUUACAGUACAGUUGUAUUUCUGCUGCAUGUUGGGAUUUUAGACAUCUUUCUCUGGGACUGAAAUGACUCAUUUUGUUUGGCCCUUCGCUUGGCUUACAGUCCAGUCUGUGGCAGAUAUGAGUGGGCGAUGUUCUGCUUCUUCUGGUGCUCUUGAGAUGCUUCUCUUUUGUAGUGGAAUAAAAUGAAAGUGCUGUGCUUAAAAUGA